CAAAGCGGGUGUUGUUCAGCCGAUGGUAGUCGGCGUUCGGAGCGUGUAGUGUGUCAGUGUCCGGUUGGGUGCGGAGGCGUCGCAAUUCUUCGCGGUAAACGUCCGAUGGGCGUUUGUAUCAUUCACUGGCCAAGAAUAUUAUCCGCUGGUGUUACAUGUCAACCGAGGUCGAAUCGAAAGUAGAAACUUAAAACUAACGAUUCAGUGAAAGUGGCAGACAGAGCGGUGACAGCGAGAUUUCGCGCGUGUUCAAGCCGGGAGGCGCAUGUUGCUCUCCUCAAGAUUCGAUCGACCUGAAGACAGCUGGGAGAAAAUCGUUCGGGAGGGAUGCUUUGAAACACACACACAGUUAUUUCAUUCAAGGGUGAAAGGCCAUCCGAGCAGAUCGAGGCAUGCCGCAGUAUUGGCCGAACGUGGCCCUCGUCAGGGUUGUUCUGCCACUUGUCUUGACAGGAUGUACGGUAUGGCGACCUGUGGGACUGUCCCUGGUUUAUUUAGCUCUGAUGCUAUACUCACCCCAUGUCCCCAUACCAAAUGCGAAGACAAUGGCUGGCCACACGGGACAUUAUUUGAAGACCUGCAUCGGCCUAUCUUUCCUCACAGCCACCAGUCAAUUAACCUUCCACAUAGUUCUACUGGCGCUGCCUGCUUAUGGACACUUUCUUCAAAAUUGCGAAUGGAUGGAAGUGAUCUUCAGACACAUAGGUUUCGUGAGACUAGAUAGCGCAUCUCCUUGGGAGAUCUUUUUCUGGUUAACCCCAGAAUUAGUUGUCCUACCUACUAGCAUAGCAGUGUAUUGUAUAUGUCGUAUCCUGUCUCGAAACUCCGUCACCGACGAAGAAGAUGAUGCAUCGUUGCGUCAAGGUGCAACGAACACUAAAAAGACCGAGGACAGUAAAACAAAGGCUGUCAAUUUCCUGGGUCGCAUCGGAACCUAUGUGGUCUUGGCAUCAUUAUGCAUCACAGCAUCCCUGAAACCAUCAGUGGAGGGUGGUUUCUACUUCGUCGUCUUCCUAGGAGCAGCCACCUGGUGGGCAUGCAACAAAGAGCUUCGAAAGGGAUUCGCUGUGCUUUGCAGGAUCGUGAUGAUCAUCGUGAUCAUCCAUCUACUGAUCCUCCUAAGCUAUCAGAAUCAACUGCCUCAGGAAUUGAUACCUUUGAACAGUACCUGGCAGCGUUAUCUCGCUUUGACUCCGAUCUAUCAGACGAAAUGCAGUGAUCCGAGAAACGUGAACUAUACUGAAAAUGCUGACUGGUUGAUCUAUGGAUACUGUUUGAGACUGUUUUGGCUGUACUACGUUCUGGCUUUGCAGUCUCAAUUCCUGAGCAAAAAGCCGGCAAAGAAAGUGAAACGCUUAAGCGGCAAACUGGAGAACCUGGACACUCCAUUGUCUAGACACGUUUCUAUCAGACGAAGGACACCUUCACAAAGAUGGCAAUCUGCCCGUCGAAAAGCCCGCUUGAUGCGAUUUGGGUCCGGAAGAACGGGGCUGCUGCAAGAUUCCACCGGAAGUGUCAUCGUUCAAGAUGGUCAUCAGGAUGACAGUAUUCAAUUGCAAAGUCUUAGCGAAGCUGUUCCUGAUGAACAAUCUGGUAUCAUCGAACACAUCAUUAUGGCUGUGUACUCGAUUUUCCAAUUGAUCAUCAAUUCAUCUUACAUCGCUACCAAUAUUAUAAUGAUGACUUGGAGCAUAAUGUAUCAUAGUUGGACAACGUUUGCUCUGUUAUUAUGGGCUUUGAUCCUCUGGAUGGCACCUAACAAAAGAGCAGCGAUGAUGAAGUGCUCUCCCUUCAUCGUUCUAUAUGCAAUGCUUCUUCUUCUUUGCCAGUAUAUUUACAGUAUGGAUUUAACUGAGGAGGAACUACCAACAAAGAUAAAUGGAGUAAAAAUGUCGGAAAUUGGUUUUAGUAAAGCUGAUCAGCAAAGUCGUUGGCAUUUAGUUGUCAAAUGUCUAUUCAUAUCGAUGUUCUGGAUCACGAUGAGACAGUAUAACGCUGAAAGAAUUAGACAGAGACGUUCCUCAGCAUUGCGAGACAUGGUAGCUCCAUUACACGUGUCCGUAUCGACAGCCACCACUGCCAUGAACCAAGAAGCACCUGAAAUCAAAAGUAAAUUCAUGAAGGACGUUGGUAUCGUCCUGAAGAAGUUACUUACGAAAUUCUGGAUCGCCGUAGUAGCUAUCAUGCUCUUCAUCUGUGGAAUCACUGGCGAACGUAUGACGGUCUUCAGGAUUGUCUACAUGUCUCUCUUCCUGGUUCUAGUCAUUACGUUCCAGAUAUCCUGGACAGUAUGGAGGAAGAUGAUGUACUCAUUCUGGCUCACAGUCAUCGGGUACUCGGUGAUCAUGUUGAUUCUCGUCUACACUUAUCAAUUCCAUAAUUUCCAGGGAUAUUGGGAUUACUUGCGCAUAGAUGAGGAUCUACAAAUGGACAUAGGAUUAGAAAAAUAUGAGACCAAAGAUCUAUUCGUUAGGCUUCUAACACCAACGUUCUUCGUCAUUAUCACUGUCCUUCAGAUUCAUUAUUUCCAUAAAGAUUUCUUGGAAGUGACGAAUAUCGAGAGAUUCGGGAGCGAGAGUAGCACUAUCAGACGAUCCAGUCUUGGCCAUUCACCGACUCUUAACAUAUUACCAAACAAUCCUACGGAGGUUUUUAUUCCUGAAGAGAACGACGAAACCAUGUACACCUUACGGCAAUUAAAACGUAUGUCCAGAUUGGAAAGAAUUGCAUUAUUCCGUAAAGUAAUUGGUCAUCUUGUGAACUUUUACAAUCACACCUGGCUGUUUCUUGAAAUUCAUAUGCAGAAGAUUAUCUUCAUUUCUGUGAUACUUCUUUGUGUAAAUGAUGUCUGUGCUAUUAAUUUCGUGUUCGUUGCGAUAGUGGUUAUCAUGAUCAAUUCUAAGAGGAGCCUUCAAAUUUGCACGGUCAAUACCAUUGCAGCGAUCAUCGCUAUGUUGUUGGUUGUGAAGAUGCUUUAUCAGAUUCAGUAUAUUGAGCAUAAUAAUUGGAACGUUAAUUGCACGAGGGACACAGACGAAUCUCAACAUCCUUACGCCAGUAAUAACACAGUAUACAACAUAGCAGAGUGGUUUGGAGUGAAGAAAGCAAAACCAGGACACCUGGCAGAACUGCUAAAAGGCUACAUAGGGAUUAUAACAGUGACGACACUGAGAAAAAUCAUCAGAAUUCGACAGUGUUUCUAUCGACAACAGCGUGGUGAACCACUGGACACUCCGCAAGUCAUGUUCCCAUCGAUCACCAGAGCGAAUGCUGAUAAAGGGAUCCAAGAAUGCCUGAAAUUCCUUUUCAAUUAUGGAUUCUACAAGUUUGGCGUGGAAAUGUGUUUGAUAGGAAUUGUGGCUCUGAUUGGUACCAGAUUGGACUUUUACUCGGUUCUAUACAGUAUCUGGUUGUUGCUGCUCUUCUCCUUGAAGAGAAAAACUAUCUCCAAAAUUUGGCCCUUCUUCAAGUUCUUCGCCAUAGUCCUCUUACCUAUACAGUAUGCUCUGGUCGUGUCACUGCCCUCCUGGUUGUGUCUAGAUUAUCCAUGGAGCAAAUCUAAAAUACUGAGGAGGCUGCAAGAAUGGAUGUACUUCCCUGACCCAGAUUUUCCACCAAAUCCGAGGAAAUUAAUAUGUGACUUCAUCCUGCUGAUGAUGAUCGUAAGACAGAGCCUCGUUUUCCAAAUCGAGCAACGAACCGCCGCGGCUGGAGAGGAAUUUCCAGCUGGACACAAUUACUCCGUGUACCAGAACAUGGAGAAACCAAAUUUCGUAAAUCCGGUGAAGGACUACGUGUCUCGCAUUCACUCGUGGUUAGACAUCGUGAAACGAGGUGUAAUGAUGAGUCUCAUGUGGAUCACUUUGUCCAUCAUGUUCUUGGCUGGAACCAAGAGGACCAACCUCUUCUCCUUGGGUUAUCUGAUCGGGGCGUUCAUAUUCCUCUGGCAGGGCAGCGAUUUUUAUCUGAGACCAGUCAAGACGAUCCUGAAGUGGUGGAAUCUGUUGAUUGGAUACAACGUUACUGUGAUCUUCUUGAAAGCCUUGCUUCAGGGUAUAGGUUGUGUCCUGAUAACAGAGUUGGAAACUUCAGCAUGUCCAGUGAUCCAGUUGUUUGGAAUAAGCUGUCUAAGGAAGUUUCGAAGUUCAGCCAGUGAUAUUGUGUUGGACAAAGUUGAUUGUGAAGUUCCUCGCGAGGACAUAGGGAUGGUUUGGGACGGUCUAUGUUUUGGCUUCCUGUUGCUGCAGAAGCGACUCUUCAAGAGCUACUAUUUCUUCCACAUAGUGGACGAAACGAAAGCUAUGAGUGUGUUAGCUUCUCGAGGUGCUGAAUUACUGGAGGAGCUACAUCAAAAGCGUAUUGAAAUCCAGGAUAACGUGGAGAGGAACGUGCUGCAGAAGUUAAAGUUCAAGAUGGACAAGAUCAAGGCCAAUCAGAGGAAGAUACAAGGACCCAGUUACAGAGAACCUCAGAUGCACAAAGUUGAUACUCUCUAUCCAGGGACACGGCCGUUGUACAGAGUUCGCGCUCCAAAGACCUACAAAGAGGCUAUUAGAUCGGGUGAUUACUACAUGUUCGAUGAUCUGGACGACGACGACGUGACCGAUUUAAUACCCGACACCGAUUCUGAGAAGAAAGAGCAAGAACUUCAACAGGAACAAGAGAGACGUUCUCGAAGGAUGACCAUCUCCGAGCUGAUGAACACGCUGAUUAAGACAGACAUUGAGAUCGCGACGCACGUCGCCAUGUACGGAGGGACUGAAAAGGACGCGCUGAGACUUCGUCGUCGGAGUGUACCCUUAACAAGGAAGAAAUCGUCUAUGUCCUAUCUAAGUGCACGUUCCGAGACCGACACAGCAGUGGCCACCGAUGGCGGUGACAAGACGAGUCUCACGUCAGCCGACAUCGAAACCGAAGAAAAAGACACGUCAGAGGUGGGACCUGAUAAGACACCACAGCCCUCGGACGACGAGUAUGAAGAAGAUAAAGUGGAAGAAAAAGAAGAGAAGGAAGAAGAGGAGAAAAAAGUGUCUUUGAGCACAUACUUUAAAUUCCUUUUUGUCAUGAUUAACAGCGCCCUAACUUCCAUGACGAAGUAUCUGAACAGAUUUUCAAGGGACUAUAGAUACAUUCGUAAAGUUCUAGCGAUAGAAAAGAAAUUAUUGAAGGCAAAACCAGAUUUUCGAAUGGGAAUGAGGCUAGGUAUAAAUCAAAUGUGGCAGCCGAUACCUUUGAUUAAGAAGAGAUCCUCGAUUAAUGGAAUUGCCGAGGAAUCUGUCGAUGCUGGCGAGGGUCCUAGUCAACCUCGGCCACAGGAAGAAAGCACACUUUUCUCUGAAAUGUCACCUGUUCCACACGACGAGGAAGUGGGAGAAUUAUCGGAAGUCGAUCAACCCCCGAUAAUACAAUUACUGGCCUCUAUAUGGUUCGGUGUAUUGGCUCACUCGAGUUUACUGUGUUACUUCAUGGUGUUUCUUCAUCAAAUUAAAAACGCCUCCAUUUUGUCGACACCUCUGCCUCUCAUGGUGUUUUGCUGGGGUUCAUUGACUAUUCCGCGACCCUCGAAAACGUUUUGGGUUACCUUAAUCGCGUAUACUGAGGUAAUUGUUAUCGUAAAAUGCAUCUUCCAAUUGGAACUGUUGCCUUGGAACCGGGAUGCUGCACCCAAUAAUCCUCUUUUUACGCCCAGAAUCAUAGGGGUUGAACGGAAAUCUAAUUAUGCCUUAUGGGAUUUAUUAUUACUCCUCAUGGUAUUUUUCCAUAGGUUUAUGUUGAAGUCCUUGGGGCAGUGGACAGCACCAACCCUUAAGCCAAGGAAAAUUAUUCCCUCCAAUUUAACUGUAGUUCCAUCUAAGCCUCCUCCUGAAGACAGAGGACAAGGGGAGGCUGUGCCACAACAACCUGAAGAGGGUAGUACUCAUGUAAAAACACCGUCAGGAAGGAUUUUAAAUAUCCGUGGUGAAGGUGAAAAUCCAGAAACCCAGGAUGAAAAUGAAAGACUUGUUGCAGUUCAGAGUGAAGAAUUAAAUCCUCAAAAUGAAAAAUUUCAAAAAGCUAUGAAUAUGACUGUUGAAAAGUAUAUGGAACCGCCGAAAAAUUUCUUCAAAAUGAUUCUUAGUACUAGUGGUAAAGAGAAGACCAAUGUAUACGCAUAUAUGUUCCUCUGUGAUUUUUUCAAUUUUCUACUGCUCAUUUUUGGAUUCUCCGCGUUUGGAACUCAACAAGGGGAUGGCGGUGUGACAGCUUAUUUACAAGAAAAUCGAGUACCCAUGCCCUUCUUAUUGAUGUUGUUAUUGCAAUUUGCAUUGAUAGUCAUUGAUAGGGCUUUGUUCUUAAGAAAAUCCAUCUUAGGAAAAUUGAUCUUCCAGUAUUGUUUAAUAUUCGGUGUCCACAUGUGGAUGUUCUUCAUUUUGCCAAGCGUGACUGAACGACAAUUUAAUGAGAAGCUUCCACCACAAAUUUGGUAUAUGGUCAAAUGUUUCUACCUUCUAUUGGCUGCCUAUCAAUUGCGACAGGGUUAUCCCACACGUAUACUUGGUAACUUCCUGUGCAAGGAGUACAGCAUUGUGAACUAUGUUCUCUUCAAAGGGUUCAUGCUGGUUCCUUUCUUGUUCGAGCUGAGAGCUGUUAUGGAUUGGAUCUGGACAGACACAUCCAUGGCUAUCAUGGACUGGUUCAAAAUGGAAGACAUAUUCGCCAGCAUUUAUCAAAUUAAAUGUAUGCGAGGCGUAGAAGCAGAUUUCCCUCAACCACGAGGGAUCAAGAAGAAUCAGAUGAGCAAGUACCUAGUGGGUGGUGGUGCUUUGUUCCUUAUGAUAGGACUGAUAUGGUUCCCACUACUUUUGUUUGCACUUGGUGGCACUGUUGGCGUUUCCAAUCUUCCAUACGACGUUUCUAUGAAGAUUAGAAUCGGUCCAUACGAGCCUAUUUACUCCAUGUCUGCUCAAAGUAGUUCCAUCAUUGAGUACAGUGAUGCAGAAUUCAAGAAGUUUACGAAUUAUUAUUCAAGGAAUAGACCUGCAGUUACUUUCCUAGAAAAUUAUGUCCAUUCUGAUGUUGCUGCAGUUAAACUGAGUGCAUUUUCCAGAAAAUUGUGGAGUAUAUCUCCACCAGACUUACAAAGACUGAGAGAAGAAUUAGAAGAUAACAGCACCACUGUCACCGUUCACGUGGAAUGGACAGUGUCACGAAAGACAGAUGCCAAAGACGUCAGUGGCAUAACGACGAAGACUCGUGAUAUAAAAUUGUUCCCAUUCGUCAACGAUGAGUUUAAUCCUGUUAGAAGAACCUUAGCUGACAUGUUAUCGACAGACGAAUCGACUACACAUAACGGCACUAUCCUACUGCAAAAUGUAUUUCCGAAAUUCUUGAAAGUAACCGGUCGCGACACCGACGUGGUUCCCCAAUUGAUGGAUUUAUCAAGAAGAGACGACGAGGAUACAAAAGAACAUGACGAUAGCUAUCUCUAUAGAAAUAUUAGUCUUCAUCUGUCCACUGAUAUGGAAUGCUGUGCCCACCAGAAAUGGUGGAUCGUCAGCGAAGCUUGUGAUGAUCCAUUGUACAAGCAGUUGUUAAGCAAAAUACCUCUGAAUAAUUGCAAAUACAUCAUGAUGUUCUUGUUUAAUGAAAAAACAUUCCCUGAGGGUUUGAGUUUCAUCAGUGGAUUAGGAAUUUUAGGAUUGUAUACCACCGCGGUCAUAGUGAUAAGCCAAAUGACUAGGAAAAUAGUUAGUGACAUGGCGCCGAAGAUUAUGUUCGAUGACCUGCCCUAUGUGGACAGAAUCCUCCGACUGUGUCUGGACAUUUAUUUGGUCCGCGAAAGCGGUGAAUUAUGUCUCGAAGAGGACCUAUUUGCCAAAUUGAUAUUCCUCUACAGAUCACCAGAGACGUUAAUCAGGUGGACAAGGCCUCCUGAAGAAGGCGAACGGACUGAUAAUGAAGAUCAAGAUGAAGCAGAGGAGGAGGGAAGGGAAGAAUCUCGAGAAGCUACUCGUCGUGAAUAAACAUUUUCGAAAAUGGAACACGAACAAUAUUAUUAAGGUUAAAAACUGAGUUAACCCUUUGGCCUAGUUCUUCUUUCAAAAUAUAAAUAGCUUUACGCACUUAUGAAUAAUGGCGUAACGAGUGAUUUGGAAAUUAAAGAAAAGAAGCUCAGGAAUUUAUAACUCUGUUUGUUGUUAGAUUGAUGAAUGAAGAGAUUGUUCCUAUCUUCAAUCAUUAAUAGUAUGCAAUUGUACAUACAAUGAGGAAGUUGAUUCGAAAAGUUGAAAAAGAUGCAAGAAUAAGAUUCUUUAUUUCACUGUCCUAGUUUUAAGCGAAAUUUUUACUUUAAUAUUUAUUUAUAAGAGAUUCGCUUAGGUAGCACAAUAUAUGAAGAGACUAUUGUGAUUAUGAAGUGCUUUUAAUGUGUACGAAUGAGUUAUCGUACCAUAUGUGAGAUGUUUCUUUUUUAUCUGUAAUUUAUUUAUAAUUCACGCCCACGUCUGCAUUUCAAGCAUGAUUCCAUUUCAGACUGCAUUUUUACGAGAUAAAAGCAUGUUCAUCGGAAAACUGCCGUUAGCAAAAUUUUUAGUUCUUUUUUGUACGUUUUUCUAAUCAUCAAAACAUCAAGUUGUCAUUUACGAAUAGCGAAGAUGGUAGAGCCUUGAGCGUGUUUUAUAUAUUACAUGUUUGAAAUGAAGAUUCGUCUUUACGAUGACUAUCAUUCUUUGUAAAUAUUACAUUAUACGAUGCGCGUUUUCGCUGAAACAUUGUAUCAUGUCGCCUUGAUAUGCCUUUUAAGAGUAUCUUCAAAUAUAAAUCAUGUUUCGAAUGGA